AUGUCUCCUGCCACUACAACUCCCCUGGCCAGAUCUGGCAUUCUGUCCCUGGCACGUGCCGCCCGCCGCACUACCACCACCAACACAAACACCAACACACUCUUCAACACUACCCUUCUUCACCAUCACCAUGCCUCCUCUCUCCCUCCCCCUUCACUACUGCCCCUUGCACAAUCCCGUCAUGGCCAGGUGCGCCACUCCUCGCACUCGCCCAUGGGCGCCCCGGCCCCCAACCCCCGCAAAAAGGUCACCAUCAAUACCAUAAAGAGCCAGCAUAAAAAGGGCGACCCAAUCACCGUCCUCACUGCGCACGACUUUCCCAGCGCCAUGGUUGCUGACCACGCCGGCAUGGACAUUAUCCUUGUCGGUGACAGUCUGGCCAUGGUCGCCAUGGGUAUGGACGACACGAGCGAGGUUCUCGUUGAGGAGAUGCUCCUGCACUGCCGCUCCGUCGCCCGCGCCACCAAGUCUGCCUUUACAAUCGGCGACAUGCCCAUGGGCAGCUACGAAAUCGCCCCCGAGCAGGCCCUCGCCACAGCAAUCCGCUUCAUCAAGGAGGGCCGCGUGCAGGGUGUCAAGCUCGAGGGCGGCCGGGAGAUGGCCCCAGCCAUCCGACGCAUCACCACCGCCGGCAUUCCCGUACUCGGCCACGUCGGCCUCACCCCCCAGCGCCAAAACGCCCUCGGUGGCUUCCGCGUACAGGGCAAGACGGCCGACGCCGCCAUGGCCAUCCUCGAUGACGCCCUCGCCGUUCAGGAGGCCGGCUGCUUCGCGACCGUCCUUGAGGCUGUUCCCGAGGACGUUGCCGCCAUCAUUACCUCCAAGCUCCGCAUACCCACCAUUGGCAUCGGCGCCGGCGCUGGCUGCUCCGGUCAGGUCCUCGUCCAGACCGACAUGACGGGAAACUUUCCCCCGGGCCGCUUCCUUCCCAAGUUCGUCAAGCAGUACGGCAACGUCUGGGCCGAGUCGAUGCGCUCCAUCGAGCAGUACAGGGACGAGGUCAAGAGCCGUCGUUAUCCUGCGCCCGAGCACACGUAUCCCGCCCCCAAGGCCGAGGUUGAGGCCUUUGCCAAGGCAGCCGAGGAGCUCUGA